AUGUCAGAGAGUGCCACUGUCCACUGUUUCUCCUUUGUUCGAGCUUUAGCUGUUUUGGGUAGCUCUCUGUUUCCAAUUGAGUUUAUUGCUGACUGUGGCUAUCACAUUGAUAGAGAUGAACUUGUCGAAGGAAGACAGCUGAUUGUCGUCUCCAGGCUUUGUUCUUCCAGUCUGAUCAGCAGUUUUGCGAAGGGCGUCUUCCAGUCUGAUCAGCAGUUUCCUCAAGUUGUUCAAGGGCGUCCCGCUUUCUUUUCAGUUUCUCAAGGUGUUCACAGGGCGUCCCGAUUUCUUUUCAGUUCCUCAAGGUGUCUAGAACGUCCCGCUUUCUUUUCAGUUCCUCAAGGUGUUUAG